ACGACUUCGAAAGGAGCCGAGCCAUACUCCAUCCAAGACGUAUAUCCAUCAACUUCCGCUCGCAGCAAUGGCUAUCGCACCACAUAUCCGUAAGCGUCAGGAAGCUGAGGCCGCCGCCGCCGCCGCUGCUGUUGCUGGUGCCACCGGCCCCAACGAUGCCUGCUUAGCAGGACCAGCACCUCAAGCCCUCCGAAGCCGCGAUGAGCGCAAGUUAGACACUCCAACUCCGGCUGUCAGCGUUUUGCAAAAUACCGCCCAUGUCAGCUCCAAUUCCGUCGUCGGCGCUGCUUCCGUUGGCCACUCCAACCCAUGGGAAGCCACGCGUGCCCAGAUCAUGGUCAUAGUCACUAACACGCGGCAAUGUCCAAUCGAGCAAUUUUGACGGAACGGAGCGUGUUCAGUGUACGCUUGUUUGUCACUCUGGGAGCGUCCUGCGUUGUAGCCAGCGAAUGAAACUAUGCUCUCCUG